CCAUCACGCAGAGGACGUGCAGCGGUUCAAAGAGGAAGGAAGAUGGCGGAUAACAAAGGCGCGGAUGAUAUGGAACCGCCGCCGUACAUGGAGCCAGCGCCCUCGACGCGGGACGACGAACACGCCGAGACUAAAUGUGAAGCCGUGGCGGUGGUCGUAGAAAGCGAAGCUAAUGAAACAAAAGGGGAGGAACUGCGUGUUCCCGUUAACGAGGCGCUGGCAACAACCAGCGCCACCUUCGGUGACGGCGGAGACGUUAGCAUGAGCAAUGUUAGCAGCGGCAUUAGCAUCAGCAAUGUUAGCAGCGGCGAUGUUAGCAUGAGCGAUGUUAGCAGCGGAAUUAGCAUCAGCAAUGUUAGCAGCGGCUAUUGCGACGCGAGCCCGACGGAUACUAACACGGAGCCACUUUCCGCCGAAACAUUAGCUCCCGCUCCGGCUCCAGUACCGGUACCAGUCCCAGACUCUGCCCCAGCUUCGUCACCCCCAGCUCCUCCAGCCCCGGCUCCUCCAGCCUCGACUCCUCCAGCCCCGACUCCUCCAGCCCCGACUCCUCCAGCCCCGACUCCUCCAGCCCCGACUCCUCCAGCCCAGACUCCUCCAGCCCCGGCUCCUCCAGCCCCGGCUCCUCCAGCCACGGUCCCGGCCCCGGCUCCUUCAGCCACGACUCCUCCGGCCCCGGCUCCUCCAGUCGCGGCUCCGGCGCCUCCAGCCACGGCUCCUCCAGCCACGGCCUCGGCCGCCAGCGACGCCGUAGUCAGUGGACUCUCAUCGGACAUGUCGCCUCCUCCCACGGCUCCAACGGCUACACCGGUGCCCCUUAAUUUAUUGGAUACGUGUGCUGUGUGUAAACAAAGUCUUGAGCGCCGGGAACCAAAGCUCCUGCCCUGCCUGCACUCGUUCUGCCUGAAAUGUAUCCCGCAGCCGGAGAGGCAGAUCAGCCUGCAGGUCCCCGGACCACACGGGCAAACGGACACGCAUAUCGUGAACGUGAUGCGAUGCUCGGUGUGUCUCCAGGACUACAAACAGAACGACAUCAUCAACAACUACUUCAUGAAGGAUACCUCAGAGGCCACCAGCAGCUCCAAUGAAAAGUCUGCACAAGUGUGCACAAGCUGCGAGGACAACGCUGGCACCAUUGGGUUUUGUGUGGAGUGUGGAGAAUGGCUGUGUCAGACCUGCGUGGAGGCCCACCAGCGGGUGAAGAUAACCAAAGACCACAAGAUUCGCACAAAGGAGGACGCCAACACGGGCACCGCAGAGACUGUCGCCGUUCCUGGCCCCGGGCCCGUUUUCUGUCCCAUCCACAAGCAAGAACCUCUGAAGCUCUUUUGUGAGACCUGUGACACUCUGACCUGUCGGGACUGUCAGCUGCAGGAGCACAAGGAGCACAGGUACCAGUUCCUGGAGGAGGCUUUUCUCAACCACAAAGACAUCAUUGAGACCUCCGUGGGCAAACUGCAGGACAAGAAAAACUACGUCCACUACUCGGUCUUACAGAUACAAAACAGGUUGAAAGAGCUGAACGACACCCAUAAGAAGGUGGAACACGAGAUCAAGAUCGCUGUGUUUACGCUAAUAAAUGAGAUCAACAAGAAGGGCAAGUCCUUGCUACAGCAGCUGGAGACUGUGACCAAGGAACGCAGUGCCAGGCUGAUGGCCCAGCAUAAGGAUACGGCCCAGCUGGCCCAGCAGAUCCACCACGUGCUCAACUUCUGCCGUUGGGCCAUCUCCUCCGGCAGCAGCACGGCGCUGCUCUACAGCAAGCGGCCGAUCCUGUACCAGAUCCGCCAGCUCUUCAAAGCCAGAAUAGAGCAAGCGCCUCUGUCCAAUGGGGAAGUGCGAUUUUUCUGCGACCCCACCUUCUGGGCCAAAAAUGUGGUGAAUCUAGGUAAUCUGGUCAUCGAGAAGACACCCCCGGCCCCGCAGCCGCUCACACAGCCGCCCACUUCGCCGGGCCAAGGCCAUCCUGGCAAACACCCUGGCCAGAUCAGCCUGGCGCAGUUGAACCGUAUGAACCAGUUGCGCGAGGCAGGCUUCGGCCCCAAGCCGCCGCAGCCGCCGCCACAUCAGCCGCCGCACGCGCCGCCACACCCGCAGCAUCAGCAGCACCCACAGCACCCCACUCAUCAUCAUCAUCAGCAGCAGCAGCAGCAGCAGCAGCAGCAGCAGCAGCAGAUGCAACAACAGAUGCGCCUCGCGUCCCAAAUGUCCCAGCAACAUUCCAGACCGACGGUCCAGCCCAUGGUCCAGCAGCCGCCUCCCAGACUCAUCAGUAUGCAGCAGCUCCCGCGUGGGCCCAUGGCACUCAAUGGUGGACCCUUACCCCCAAUGUACUCCCCGCACCACAUGCGUCUACCCGCUCCACCGCAGGGCAGGAUGCCCUCAGCGCAGCAGCUCCGACACAACGGCCAGCAGUAUCCCAACAUGAUGCAGCCACACCUUCAGCGACAGAUGUCGUUAGAAUCUGAGAUGAGCCACCAAAGGUUUCGUUUCUUACUGCAAUCAGGGCAUUCGAACCCCGGCCACGCCGGACCUUUCCCGGUGGCGUCGGGCCACAACGCCAACCCCACUAGUCCCACCAGUGCCAGCAUGGCUGGAGCCCACAGUCACAGAGGGCCUGCCAGCCCCGCCAUCGGCCCCGCCAUCGGCCCCAUCGAGCUCAUCCCCUCCGUCACCAACCCGGAGAACCUGCCCUGCCUACCUGAGAUCCCGCCCAUUCAGCUGGAGGAUGCAGGUUCCAGCAACCUGGCCCAGCUCCUGUCUCGCUACAUCACAGCCAGCACGCAACAACAUCAGCAGCAGCAGCAGCAGCAGCAGCAGCAGUCAGGCUCACUGGACAUGAACCCCUCACCUGGACUUUCCACACACUCACCUGGAUCCUCAGGUCUUUCCAACGCACAUACGCCAGCACGACCCUCCAGCACGUCCAGCACAGGCAGCAGAGGCAGUGGUAGCUCUGCAGGGAGGACGGCGUCAGGGGCGGCGGCUGGAGUGCGGGUCAAACAGGAGCCCGGUACGGAAGACAACUAUGGCUGUCCUGGUUCGUCAAUGAAGGCGGAGCUAGACGCAAAUGGCGGGAGGAGCGCCUGCAUGCUCACCAACGGCAACGCGGCCAAAGGCAAAGAGGACGACCCCAACGAGGACUGGUGCGCCGUUUGCAUCAACGGCGGUGACCUGCUGUGCUGCGACCGCUGUCCCAAAGUGUUCCACAUGAAAUGUCACGUGCCCACCAUCAAGAUCUUCCCCAAGGGGGAUUUUCUCUGCACAUUCUGCCGGAGUAUAUCCAGUCCGGAGAUAGAGUACUGUGACGACAGCAAGAGAGUCAAAAGUGAUAAAGUCCUCAAUCUCGAGGACCAGAGGCGGUGUGAGCGCCUCCUGCUGUACAUCUUCUGUCACGAGCUCAGCGUGGGCUUCAGGGAGCCCGUCCCCAGCUCUGUGCCAAACUACUACCGAAUCAUCAAGAAGCCCAUGGACCUGACUAAGGUGAAGAGAAGGCUGCAGCUGCGCAGCUCCCAGGACUACAGCACUAUCCAGGAUUUUGUGUCCGACAUGCGCUUGGUCUUCAAAAACUGCGCAAAGUACAACGAGAUGUCUCGAAUAAUCCGGGUUUACGAUGACGACAAACCCAUUAAUACACAGGAGGGAUCAGAGAUGGCCAUCUCGGGCAAGGCGGUGGGCCUGUACUUUGAGGAGAAGCUGCAGGAGAUCUUCCCCGGACAGAACUUCCCCGUCACGGCUGACGACGACGUCCCCGAGACGCAGGAGAGGCAGGCGGACGAAACUGAGGACUCCGAGGACGAGUUUAUCCAGCCGCGACGCAAACGGUUGAAAACGGACGAGAAGGUGGUCCACAUCAAGUGAGGACGGACGAGGCGAGGGGGUGGGGGAAAAGAAAACUGUCUUCCUCACAUCCCCCCCUUUUGUGACAAAAAGGACAAACAGCCUGGAGUGGUUUACUGGCAUUUGUAAAAAAUACUACUAAUAAAAAAGACUCAGCAGUUUCAUAAAUCUUUCACAACUUGGCUCGUUGGAAGAUUUGAAGUGGAUUAUUUUACAGCGACAAGGACUUCCUUCUUUUCAUCUGUACAUGACAGCAUUGGCGUCAUGACCCAGCGUGUAAGGUACAGUGUUUAGUUUUUAGGACCAGGGGGAUCCUGUGGAGUGUGUAACCUGAUGAAACAAACACCGUGUGCAUAAGAGAUGAAAAUAUUCCUGCAGUGUUCCUCAUUGGGUGCAUCCUCAAAAAAAUGCUGUUUUAAAAUAUAUUAAAAGAAAAUAUAUGUCGUG